UUCUAUGUGUUCAGAGUGUGCUUGAUUGAGUACAAUUCAUUGAAGACAUUUUGUCUGCUCACAUUACAAUUUCCUCGGCUGUGCCUUACCCUACUACAGGGGUUUGAGCUUCGCAUACAUUUUACAUAGUAAAAGACCGAACGACGCAAGGCAAGGCUUGAACACAAGCACGGUUCAAGCAGUCAAUUGCAAUUGAAUCUUUAUCCCGUUAUCCCGCUUUCCGCGCCCUAUCCCCACACCUACAGACACAAUGCACGCCCGAGACGCCACCGGCCGUCAGGUCUCUCUUUUAAACGAUGAUCCAUAUGCCAGCCAUCAGUCAUACCACUCAGCUAUCCACUAUCAAUCCACCGGCGACCAAUCGCCGCCGCCCCACACCCCAGAACUCCUCCGUUCGGAUUCAUACGACUCCAAUGCCAGUUACGAUGCCUACUCGCCACUAACACCUGGUCUAUACGACUAUUCGUCGCGCCAGCUCUACGAUGAAUACCUUCCUGACCAGAAAGGUGGCAUGAAACGUCCUGUCUAUGUUGCAACCAGUCGUUCCAAUUCAUAUGAAGAUGAUAGCUCUGCUAGCUCUGCUGCACCUGAGAAGACUGGUAAGCGAUACCCCUGCCGGUACCGUGAUAGUCACGGCUGUGAGAAGACUUUCACUACUUCGGGACACGCCUCGCGUCACUCUAAGAUCCACACUGCCGAGAAGGCCGUUCAGUGCACGUACCCUGGCUGCCACAAGAAGUUCACCCGCGCAGACAACAUGAAGCAGCACCUUGAAACUCACUUUAAGGACAAGUCGAGAUCUUCUGGCUCUUCUAAGUCUAAGAGUUCAUCUAUAUCUUCAUCCUCCAAGCGUGGCUCGAUAUCUUCUAAAUCGUCAUGCUCUCACAGCAGCGCGCCGUCUCACGAAAUUCAAAUGUGGGAUUCGGACCAAUACGGUCCCGAUGCUUCACUCCCUUCCCCCGGUGGGGCUUGGGAUAUGCGUGGUCUCAACUUCCCACUUAUAGGCCGGCCCGGUGCAGCCCGAACCAGCAGCGGACUGGACGCACUGGCAGCAAUCGCUUGCCAAGAGGGUGCUUAAGAUAUCCCCAACACAAGCUUUCUUAUUUUUAUAUGCCGACUUAAGACCAACAUCUAGUAAUGAAGGGGUAAUGGACUUGUUUUGUUCCUAUCUGUGUAAGAUAGGGACCGGUAUGGUGGGAAAUACGUUAUAACACGGCGUUUGGGGGUAUAUUUGGAAACAGUUCACGACGGCAUUAUUUGAUACCACGGUGGCACGCAUACGAUAGGCGCACCAUUUUUACUUUGCAUCUUUGACAGACGGCUGGGAAAAGCAUUCGAGCAGCAUGGAGUGCUUCUCACGCUUUCUCUCUGCUCACAACACGAUAACCUGGGCCAAUUGGCUUGUCGCCCCCGGUUUUUUUUACUUGAUUGGAAAAUGAUGAUGGAGCAGUUGUAUAAACACCAGCGAGGGCGAAUACGUGUGCUCUUGCAUAUUACACAUGGGGGCUGAUUAGCAGUCGCACACGGAAAUGCGCCGGAGACCCGCCGUAAAGGGUCCACAUACUCCGUCGGGCGGCAUUUUGUCUACUACAUAUAUAUAAAUGACGUUGGAGUUAGGCAUUAGAUACCAACGUCCGCCCGGAACAGAGAAGGGGCGGAUGGCAUACGAAAAUGAAACGCAAUAUUUAAUGAUAAAUAUUAAAUCCCUUUACUCGCUACGAAUUGCCUAAUC